AUGCGACCAGACGGUCCCCGCGACCCGUAUGCUGGGCCAGGGUCCGGUCCCGAGGCACCAUUCCCAAUAAAACUGUCCGGGCCGGUAAUAAAAGGCUUCGGACGCGGAAGUAAAGAGCUCGGCAUCCCCACGGCCAACAUCCCGCCCGAAGGGCUUGCGACCUACCCCGAUCUUCCCAGCGGCGUGUACUACGGUUACGUCGGUCUCUCGCUGUCGCCCUCUCCGGACACGACGUCGACCUCGAUCGAGAUCCACCCGGCGGUGCUGAGUAUCGGAUACAACCCUUUCUACAAGAACACCGUCCGAUCCGUCGAGAUCCACAUCUUGCACGAGUUUACGCAUGAUUUUUACGGCGCGGCACUGAACUUGCUGGUCUUGGGCUACAUACGGCCCGAGUACGAUUAUGUCAGUUUGGAAGCCCUUGUCGACGACAUCAAGAUCGAUUGCGACGUCGCGAGGCGAAGCCUGGAUCGCGAGACGUAUGCGAGGUAUAAGGAGGAUGGAGAAUGGAAGGCCUGGUUGACGGAUUUCAAGUGGAUGGAAAGCGUGGAUACGACGCAGGUAGAGAAGGAGGUCUUGAACAAGGACUGA